GUUUAUUAAUUUCAUUUGUAACUUUUAGGUUGGUCUUAAAAAUGUUUGUCAAGUGAUUUCUCUUCCAAACACAACCCAAACAUGUCCUCAACAAAAAACCCACCAAAUUCCCCUCCUUCUGACUCCUCCGACUAUGAUUCUGACCCAACCACCACCUCCUCCACCCAUCAUCUCCGCCAUGUUGAUCUUUCCAACACCAUUUUCAAAGCUUACCUUGAAAUCAAUGGCCAAAAUUCAUCCCCAUCUCAUCAAUCUAUAGACCUUUCAAAGAUCCAAUCUUUCCUUAAUUCAUCAUCAUCUGGAGCUCUUUCUUGUCUCAUUUGUCUUGAACGAAUAAAAACAACUGAUCCUACAUGGUCUUGUAAUGGGUUUUGCUUUUCAGUUUUUCAUCUUCAUUGUAUUCAGAAUUGGGCUCAACAAUCUACUGCUCUUGCUGCCGCACGCGCCCUCACGCGCCUCCCCAUUUCAGCGCUUGCCGCGGCAGAUACCUCGGUAUGGAACUGCCCUAAAUGUAGAUUUGAAUAUUCAAGAAGUUUAAUUCCUAAGAAUUAUUAUUGUUUCUGUGGAAAAGUUGAAAACCCAUCUCAUGAUCCUUGGGUUUUGCCUCAUUCAUGUGGGGAAAUAUGUGGUAGACCAUUGAAAAACAAUUGUGGGCAUUAUUGUCUUUUGUUGUGUCAUCCUGGGCCUUGUCCAUCUUGUCCUAAGUUGGUGAAAAGUACUUGUUUUUGUGGGGGGUUUCAAGAUGUUAGGAGAUGUGGGUUUAAGGAAUUUUCAUGUAAUAAGCAAUGUGUUAAAGUUUUGGAUUGUGGGAUUCAUAAAUGUGUUGAUAUUUGUCAUGAUGGGGAGUGCUCACCAUGUAGGGAGAAAGGUGUGUAUAGGUGCCAAUGUGGGAAGGUAAAGGAGGAGAGGGAGUGUUGCGAUAGGAAUUUUCGAUGUGAUAAUCCAUGUCAACGAGGUUUGGAGUGUGGGAAGCAUUUUUGCGAGCGAGGGUGCCAUGGGGGCGUGUGCGGUCAAUGCCCUUCGAAGGGGAUGAGGACUUGUCCAUGUGGUAAAAGGUCUCAUGAAGGGAUUCCUUGUGAUGUUGAGGUGCCAUUAUGUGGGGCAACUUGUGAUAAGAAUUUGACUUGUGGAAGGCAUAGGUGUCCGGAAAGGUGUCAUCGCGGUUCUUGUGUUGAAACUUGUAGGAAUGUGAUUACAAAAUCGUGUCGGUGUGGAAGUUUGAAGAAACAGAUUCCUUGCUAUCAAGAAUUGGUAUGUGAAAGGAAGUGUAUGAGAGAACGUGACUGUGGGCGCCAUGCUUGUAGGCGUCGUUGCUGUGAUGGGGAUUGUCCACCUUGCACAGAGGUUUGUGGAAGGAAGCUACGUUGUAGGAACCAUAAAUGCGCUUCUCCAUGUCAUAGGGGGCCCUGUGCACCUUGUCCCCUCAUGGUUACCAUUUCAUGUGCUUGUGGUGCAACGCGUUUUGAGGUUCCAUGUGGUACAGAAACAGAACAGAAGCCGCCUCGUUGCCGGAAACAAUGUCCCAUAGUUCCUUUAUGUAGGCACAGUCUGAUUUCUAAGCCGCACAAAUGCCAUUACGGAUCCUGCCCACCAUGUGGACUUCCUUGUGGUGAAGAGUAUCCUUGUGGCCACGUCUGCAAACUAAGAUGUCAUGGCCCUCAACCUCCACCUAAACCAGAGUUCACACUGAAACCAAAGAAGAAAAAACAAAAUCACCAGAGUGAACCAGUUGCUGGAACGCCGUGCCCUCCGUGUCCAGAACUUGUUUGGAGAUCUUGUGUUGGUCAGCACUUUGCAGCCGAAAGAAUGAUGGUUUGUUCAAAUAAUGCACAAUUUUCCUGUGACAACUUGUGCGGAAACCCUCUUGCUUGUGGCAACCACUAUUGCACGAAAACUUGCCAUGCCCGUGAUAACUCAUCAGAACAGUAUACACGAGGAGUGCCAUGUGAAGAUUGUACUCUUCACUGCGAAAAGGAACGUUCGCCUGUGUGUUCACAUCCUUGUCCACUGCCUUGCCACCCUGGAGAAUGCCCCCCGUGCAAAGUGCUCUUAAAACGUGCAUGCCACUGUGGUGCAAUGGUGCAUGUCUUUGAGUGUUUAUAUUACAACACCUUAUCUGAAAAGAAACAACUAAGCGUCCGUUCAUGUGGGGGACCUUGCCACAGAAAGUUACCUAACUGUACACAUCUAUGCCCAGAGACAUGUCAUCCUGGUCACUGUCCUUCACCAGAAAAGUGUAGUAAAAAGGUUACCGUUCGUUGUAAAUGUCAUAGCUUGAAAAAGGAGUGGUUGUGCCAUGAUGUUCAAACCACAUAUAGAGAAUCUGGUCGAGAAUCUAAAGAUAUACCAAAAACUCAAUUUGGAAUCGGGCUUCUACCCUGUGAUUUGAACUGUAAGAGCAAAGCCGAUGCUAUUGAGUCAGAAGUAUUGCAGCGGAAACAAAAGCCACCCGAGAAAAAGGAGACCGAGAUCGAAACACACGUACCUAAACGGAGAAAGAGGCGUGAAAGAGUACAAGAAACAAAGCAAAUCUCUAUGCUGCAGAAACUCAUAUCCCAUCUCCAAAGGUUUUUUAUGAUCGUCGUUGUUCUGGUAGUUCUAGUCGCUGUUGCGUAUUAUGGACAUAAGGGUCUUAUGUUACUCAACGAUUGGAUGAACAAAGUUGAAGAACGCCGUGAGAAAACAAGGUACAAAAGGAUUUGAUAGAAAUAGCACAUUACUAUCAAUUUGCAUUUGGAUGAUACUCGGCCUGGUAACGAACGAUGUGAAAGUGAAAUUAUACCACAAAUUUCUUCAUUUUUGUCGCACAAACAAAAAAGUUGUGGGUUUACUUGCAAAUUUACGUACAUCGAGUUUGAAUUAUGUUCACAAAUCACAGAGAAUAAUCUACAUUUUUUGUACUUAAUUAUAUUUCGUAAUUAUCUCGUAAAUCAUUGUUUGUAAAAUUGGAGCGGAAUUUUGUACCUUCUCAUAUACUCGUAUUGGCGACUUUUGUGAUAUAAAGUUUGAAUUUUCGCAAAGGAAAUGAAGCAAAGUUGUUGAGA